AUGGCGGAUCGCUGGGCUGGGAAGCUGCUGCGGAUCGUGGCUUUGGUGACAACUUGUAGCAGCUGGAGUGUGGAGACGACAUCCCGCCGGGUUUAUUAUUCGUGCGGAGCCAUUGUUGAUUCUGCAGCUCAAGGUAUUAUCCUUUCACCUGGCUUUCCUGCAAGUUACGUUCCAGGUACACACUGUUUGUGGCAAUUCUUCAUUCCGGCUGGUGUCCAUCUUGUUUUGGAAGUUUUUGAUUUUGACGUGUUUGAGAAUCCACGUAAUGAUAAAACCCUCCUUGGUGAACAUUCAACACCUGCAAUGGUAGGUGGGGAGAUUUCUGUUUCUGGUUCAUUGGAGAAUGGGGGCACUGUACAGAGUCAAGAGCCCAACAACCAGCUACAUGCUCAUACAAAAGAAUAUGUUCAAGAUGGAAGAAUAAAGGUGUUUUUUAAUGAGACCAAUGUGUCUAAUUCAAAAGCUUUUGAUGGUGACUACUCUGUGACCCAAUCCCAUAAAGCUGAAGGCAAACGAGUGGUGGCACAGGAAGAGUCCAUAAAAUUGGAGAUGGUUAAGACACCGCCAUUGCAACAAGAUUUCUCCAUCACAGACUCGUCACUUGAUGAUUUGGAUAAGGAUGAUUCCACAAAGUCAAAUUUGAGUGAUCCACUUGCUGAUUUUGGUGACUACAAAGACAUCAAUGUAGACCCACAAUCCAACAAUGAAAGACAAGGUGAGAAGAGGCUGGAAAUUGACCAUCUUGAAGUGCAACAAGUAAAUGAUUCAACUGUAGUCACAGUGAUCCCUGCCAGAAAAGUGACACCCUUCGCACCUCCUGAAGUCUGUCCGAAUGAUGUUUUAUAUAUUUCCGAUCUGAUCACGUUUUCUGCCCGUUUUUGUGGGGCCAACACCCCUGUCAACAAGACGUUGAUGUUUGGUUCUUCUCUGGAGAUGGUGGAAGUGGUGGUGGAGCUGAUCACCACCACGGAUCGCGGGCGUGGAUUUCUUCUCCUUUACCAGUUUAAAGCUGGCCUAGAUGCUGAUUUUCGAACACUGAUUAAACAUCGGGACCAAGACAACCUGAUCCAUUUCUUGGUCAUUGCUGGCAUUGCUCUGUUAUCCGUCGUUCUUCUGACUGCACUCUGUUGUGCCUGGAGGAAAAGGACUCGUUGUAAAGGAAGUCACUCCCACUGCUCGAGGACCCGAGAGAAUGGAAUCCAGAAUUCUGCAAUUGAUAUCGGAGAAAUGCAGCUCGUAGCUAAUGGGACGACUCGGGAGAUCUCAACAGAAAAUGAGAACAACAAUCACAGCAUCAGCCUGGAGGGAAUGGGUAAUUCACUCCACACUGAAAUGGAAAUGGUCUCCAGUGAGUCAGCAGUGACGGAAUCGGGGAGUGAUGAGAUCUUUGUGAUUUCAACUGGCCUCAGCCUGGGCAAUUUGCAUUUCUCCAGCUUUAAGACAAAGGUCCCCAAGAGGAGCCCGACAAGUCCACCUGCCAUCUGCGAUUGGCUGGAACCAGAUCUCCUGCCUUCUGCAGGAGAAAAGCCACCGUCAGUUAGAGGCAAUGGCAGAGGAGAGUCCCCGAGCUGGCAGCAGGCCUGGAGCCCUCGGAGUUUCCAAGAUGUCCUGGGGCCUUUGCCACAGUUGCCGAGAGACUGGUGUGACUGGGCUAAUACUGGUCCAUUCACGAAACUGGUGGAGAAUUGCAGCACUAGCAAUUUACUGAGUGACCACUACACUGAGAACAAGCGAAAAGUUGUGUCCGAUAUGCGGUUGGAAACAGAGUUAGAGAAAUUGUUUUCUGAUUCUUCGGGAAGUGCUGCUUCAUAUCCACUCACUCAAUCUGCACAGAGUCAUCGCAAGGUCAUCACAGGUACCAACCUGAGGCGAGCCUGGUUUGGAAGUCCCUGCUUUGGCUUCUGGUCAAAUGCCCGUCAGCACAACUCGAGCACGGCCACCAGCUGUCACAACCAUGCUAGGCAGCAACCAGAUCCACGAUAUGUGCCAUGCAGUCAAGGACCCAGGUGUUCAGCAGACAGCUCUGUGUCAAACAACAUCAUGAAAAGUUUUCAGACUGAUGCUACCAAAACCAGGCAUCUGGCAAACGAACCUGAUCGAAUAACCCUGACGAAGCCAGUUUUUGUCAUCUCGGAAGCAAAUGAAGAUCGGCAGCCUCUGGUACAAGCUCUAGAUCCUCUUGGCCUGAGUGGUGAUCUCAGUCAGUUUGAGGAAGUAAAGCUUGAUGAAGUUAAUCGAGUUUCUGAGCAGGAACUGAAACAUCUAAUCAAUAGGGCAACUUAGUCAUUCUGACCUCUGAUUUUAUCUUAUGAAGUGUCAAACCUCACAUAUCAACAUAGAAACUUGGCUAAUGCUCUAAGAAGGCAAAGCUGUAUCUCAGAGACACAAUUGGGGCUGAACUGCCAGGUCCAUAUAAUACACCAGCUCCAAACCAAUCUUACAAAAUCACACAAGCAGUGAUCUACAGCAUAGCUGGAAUACAUGUAGAAAGAGUUCAAGGAAUACUAGGCAUCAGUGGCAAAGUAAUUUAUUUUGUUGGAACAUUGAUGCUGUAGGAAGAGUCUUCAAUCUUUCUUUGACAGCUAGUUGGUUGUCACUCGAGACAACUUUCCAUUGAUUCCGUUAAGCUUAUCAGAAAUGAAACAUGAUAGAUCCUGAAGAUUACAUGUCUCAUGGCUAAAGUGACAAAAACUUCAUUUGACUUUUCCAGCUUUCCAUUAAGGAACAACGAAAAGGUCAGGACCAUGGAUUUGUAUUUGUCUUGGGCUAAAUAUGUGAACUGUACACCUCUAUUACAUGACUCUGUUCUGCACAGCUCCCUGUGUAUUUUUGUAGAUAAGCGAAGACAACUUCAAUUCUGUCACUCAAUUCAGCUGGUGAAUAUUAAUUUGUACAAUGUGUCUCUGGCAACUGAAAAUCCUGCCUGAUCUAUUUGCUGAGUUACAGUAAAUUUCUGGACAAAGGCUGCAA